AGCUCAUGAGUUGGUUAGGAUCUCUCUCUCUCUCUCUGAUGAUGAUGAUAUAUCUGUCUCCCUCUCCUCCCAUUAAUUCUCUCCAUCUCCCAUUUUGGUUUCUUGGGAUCGAGAAAAUAAAGGAGAAAAAGCACCAGAGAAAACCAAUCCCCAUCAAGCAAAAAAAGCUGCACUCUACAUACACUUACCAUCCCCACCGGAAACGCAGUUGAUAUCUCCACCUCUCCCAAAACCAAUUACAACAAAAUAAACAACAACCCAACGUCCCUACAAAAGCAUGAACAUUAAUCCUCGACAUGGUAACGGAACCACCCAAGCUUGUGCUGCAUGUAAAUACCAACGCAGGAAGUGCGCGCCCGACUGCAUUCUCGCCCCUUAUUUUCCUCACGAUCGCCAAAGACAAUUCCUCAACGCCCAUAAAUUGUUCGGAGUUAGCAACAUCACCAAGGUCAUCAAGAACCUAGACCAACCCGACAAAGACGAGGCCAUGCGUACAAUCAUUUUCCAGUCCGAUAUGCGUGCCAAUGAUCCUGUCGGCGGCUGUUAUAGAAUGAUCCAAGACUUGCAGCGUUUGAUAGAUUACAACAAGGCCGAGCUCGAGAUUGUUCUUCACCAAUUAGCCUUGUGUCGAGCUCAGGCUCAUCAGCAUCAACAGCCUCACGUCCAAAUGCCAGAAGUGGCAGAUCCAAUAUUCAACUCCGAGAAUCAUGUAAUUAAUAGUGCUGCAGAUCCUUUGGGUUCAUACAAUAAUGGGGUGCAAUAUCAUUAUCUAGGACUCCCCCAUCAAGAACAAUACUUUGUUGUUAAUAAUGAUAAUUUGCAAGAAGAUGUUAGUGCUUGGGCUGUGCAAGAAUCUGCGUCUAAUUUGUCAUCUUUGCACGUUAAGAAUGUUGACGUUGGCGAUGAAUGCGAUGAUAUAAAGCCGAUUUUUGAGAGACCAUGUGAAAGAAAUGAGAUCAAGCUGGGACAUGAUCAAGAAAAAGUUCAUGAAAGGAGGUUUGUUCCAUCAUUGCACUUGUUCAUAUCUUCCAGGUUACCUGGAAUUGCAGUUGAAUUUUCGACAUGA